AUGCAAAUUAUCCCCAAGCUCAAUGUCUCAUUGUCUUCCACUGUCGAGUACCUCAUCUCUGAAAAGCCAUCUGUUUUCCAGAACCAUGCGAGGGUAUCAAUGGUAAGCUGUCUGAAAGGAGAAGGAUUUGAUAUCUUGAAAGGAAUGUAUUUCUUGUUGAUGAUGUUGGCGGUGGCAAGGCUCGCGAUCAAAUUCAAUCAUUUGGAGUCAGAACCUUAUCGCUUCCAACCUAUCAAUGGUGCGAAGACUUAUCCUUACACCAAGUGA